CCGGUCACUGUCAUUGCAGAGCUCAACUCGGGUCAUAAAGGAGCAGCAGCUGGUCGAUGAAGACCCCAGCCCUGCCUUCUUCACUGAGGGGCAGCUGGGUCAUAGUUCCGAGGGCCAGCACAGGCCCAAAGUGCAUUUUGCCAGCUGUGGUUCUGGAGAACCAGGGCCCUCGAGUGGACGGAGAUGGACUCCUGCCCAGAAGCCGACAAGGUUCUGCAGCCCUCCAACUUGGAAUCAAAGGCAGAAAAGAGUUUUAAGCUCCAUCCUAGAUCCAAUUUUCAGCCCCUGCCUGCAGGCGCCCAGGGUCCCCAGGAGGUUCCCCGCAUGUGCCUACAUGCGGCCAAAUGGCCACGGGAAUCACUCCUGGCCAGAGUCCCUGGAGCCCGAGGAGGCAGAGCCCAAGGCACCGGCCCAGGAGGCAGAGGAGGCUCCUGCAGAAACACCUGAAGUCCAGACAGAGGCGUCUGACGAGGAGUCGGAUGAAGAGCUGGAGGCGUGGGCACCUCCAGAGCUCCUGCCACCUCCAUCAGCCUCUCCGGUGGCAGCUGUGGAGCCGGGGCCGGCCUGGGAGGCACCUGCAGACAUGACUGAGGCCCCACCACCCCUGGAUGAGGAGCCCUCCCUGGAACCUGCCCAGGGUCCUGCCUCAGAGGAGGAGCUGCCUCCUGAAACCCCAGCAGCGCCAGCUCCAGAGCCGCAGGCUGACACUGCUCGCCGUCUCCCCUCAGAAAAACUGGUGCUACCUCCCCUCGUUGACCUUUUCCUUCUAUUUUCCUUCCUUUUUAUGUUUCACUUUUCUUCAUGGGGUUAUUCAAUUGUUUAUUUUUUAAAUUUUAUUAUUUGGGGUAUUUUAGGGUCUUUUUUUCUCUCUCUAUUCUUCUUUCUUUUAUGCUUUGUUUCUCUCUGGAGUGAUUGA